AUGUUCGACGCUCAGAAGGCCGCGGUGCCGUCCUUCAUGGCAGCUCCGACGUUCCCUCAGUCAAGAGAGUCAACCCUGACACCAAGCGACUCGAGCUCAAACUACGAUGAGAUGGAAAAAGACAUCACACUUGCGAGCUCCGCCGCGUCAUUUCAAGAUAUACGAAUCGACCCUAUUCUGCUACCCCCAGUCCCGUACAGCGAGCUAUCAAGGAUACCUUCCAUCAAGUCAGAACAGGCCGAGGUUGUGAAUGACGAGGAUAAUGUCGAGUAUCCAAAGGGAAUGAAGCUGGCUCUGAUUGUCACUGCGUUGUGUUUCAGUGUGUUUUUGAUGGCUCUGGACAACUCCAUCAUAGCUACUGCCAUCCCUCGCAUCACGGAUGAGUUCAAGAGCUUGAAUGACGUCGGCUGGUACGGUAGCGCCUACCUCCUGACGACAGCCUCACUCCAGCUGCUAUUCGGCAAGUUUUACAGCUUCUUCAGCAUCAAGUGGGUGUAUCUUGUCACCAUCGCCAUCUUCGAGCUUGGCAGCUUGAUCUGUGGCAUCGCGCCCAACAGCAUCGCGCUCAUCAUCGGCCGUGCCAUCGCCGGAGUCGGAUCAGCUGGCAUCUUUGCCGGGGCACUCAUCAUCCUCGCCUACAGCGUGCCCCUUGAGAAACGCCCCAUUUACACCGGUGCUGUCGGUAGCAUGUGGGGCAUCUCGUCCGUCGCUGGCCCUUUGCUGGGUGGUGUCUUCACGGAUAGUCUCACGUGGCGAUGGUGCUUCUACAUCAACCUGCCGAUCGGAGCUGUCACCAUUAUCGUCAUUCUCUUCUUCUUCCCUGACCCCGUCCGCUCCAUUCCUCAGGAGACGUGGCGUACGCGCCUUAUCCAGAUGGACCCCCUCGGAAACAUGCUUUUCAUGCCGGCCAUCAUCUGUCUCCUACUCGCCCUCCACUGGGGUGGCGUCACAUACCCCUGGGCCUCUGCCCGCGUCAUCGCUCUCUUCCUUAUUUUUGGCUUCGGUAUGGCAGGUUUCCUGUACUUGCAGUACCUCGGCCAGGAAAACGCCACAGUGCCGCCGCGCAUCUUCAAGCAACGCUCAGUCUGGUCAUCCUCCUUCUUCGCCUUCAACACCGGCGCCGCAUUCCUGUUGUCUGUCUACUUCCUACCCAUCUGGUUCCAAUCUGUCCAGGGCGUUUCAGCCGUCAACUCGGGAGUCAGGAACUUGCCCAUGUUGGUCAGCAACAUCAUCGCCUCACUUGUGGCGGGCGCCGCCGUCACCAUAUGGGGCUACUAUACCCCUUGGAUGAUUCUCGGCUCCAUUCUCAUGGGAAUCGGAUACGGUCUCAUCUCCACCUUCAACCCCAAUACGUCCUCUGCGAUGUGGAUCGGCUACCAAAUCCUCGCCGGCGCUGGAGUCGGCGCCGCUAUGCAGCAGCCUCUGAUGGCGGUGCAGGUGGUCCUCGAGAUGGCCGACGUGCCCACGGGAACCGCCAUCAUCAUCUUUACACAGACAGUUGGCGGUGCCAUCUUCGUCGCCAUCGGCCAAACAGUCUUUACCAACAAGCUCGUCGAGAGCCUGGUGGAGUACAUCCCAGACAUUGACCCCCAUUCCGUCAUCGCCGCGGGUGUGACAGCUAUCCGAAAGACCAUUGAGCCAGCUCUAUUGCCUGCGGUUGAGCAUGCCUACAGUGACGCCUUGGCACAAGCGUUCCUCGUGAGCGCCGUGACGGCCUCUGCGACCAUCAUUGGCUCGGUAUUUGUGGAGUGGAAGAGUGUCAAGGGCAAGGACGUCCACGUCGGCAUGGCGUAG